UUCCAGGCAGUUAAGGACGUCCUGGUCUCCAACGCGGUGCUGCACCACUUCGACGAGCGCCUCCCGGUCGUCCUGGCAUGCGAUGCAUCGCCGUACGGGGUGGGCGCUGUCCUGGGGCACCAGUUACCGGAUGGCCGGGAGGUUCCGGUCGCAUACUACUCACGCACCCUGACCUCGGCAGAACGGAACUACGCACAAAUCGACAAGGAGGCCCUGGCCAUAGUAGCGGGGGUCCAUAAAUUCAAAGAUUAUUUGUAUGGGCGCCGGUUCACGAUAGCGACGGACCAUAAGCCGCAUGCGGCGGAGGUGGCUAGAGCCACCGGGAAAAACAAAAUCCUAGCACGGGUGCUCGACUGGGUGGUGAGGGGGUGGCCAGAGGGGAACAUGGGGGAAGAGUUCAAACCCUACAAAAUGCGAAGGGAGGAACUCACAGCCCACAAAGGGUGCCUACUAUGGGGGAGCAGGGUAGUGGUCCCACCUCUACAGAAACGGGUCUUAGAAUCACUCCACGAAACACACCCAGGCAUAGUGAGAAUGAAGGCCCUGGCCAGGAGCUACGUAUGGUGGCCGGGGAUGGACGGGGAGAUAGAGAACUGGGUCCGGAGAUGCAGCACAUGCCAGGAGUCGCGGCCAGACCCACCCAGCGCCCCGGCUACACGGUGGGAGACCACAAGGAAACCGUGGUCCCGGCUCCACAUUGAUUUUGCCGGGCCGUUCCAGGGACAGAUCUUCCUAAUCAUUGUGGAUGCAUACACAAAAUGGUUAGAGGUCGUUCCCGUAGGGUCUACCUCAUCAGCAGCAGCCAUUAGAGCAUUACGCAGGGUCCUGUGCACCCACGGUAUUCCGGACACCAUAGUCUCGGACAACGGGGCAGCGUUCACCUCGGGGGACUUCCAGGCGUUCCUCCAGAGGUACCUCAUUAGACACAUCCGGUCAGCCCCCUUCCACCCGGCCACCAACGGCCAGGCCGAGCGGAUGGUCCGGACAACAAAAGAGGCCCUGGGAAGGAUAGUGCAAGGCGAUUGGGACCACCGGCUAGCCGCGUUCCUCUUCGACAACCGGGUCAUCCCAAACCCAGUCACCGGGGUCAGCCCAGCCGAGCUCCUCAUGGGGCGC